AUGGCGUCAAUGUGGAAGUCUGUUACUUAUGUCGUCCUGAUAACAGGAUUAUUCUCCUUGACAGAAUCACAAGAGGAUGGAGAAGAAAUUCCUCGUAUAGGCAUCAUAGGAGCAGGUGUAGGGGGAACAACCACAGCCUACUAUUUACGCCAGCUCUUUGGAAAGGAAGCUGUUAUUGACAUCUUUGAGCAGGACAGAGUUGGUGGACGGGCAAGAUCGAUCAACAUUGACGAUUUCGAGUAUGAAGCAGGUGCAGCUGUCUUACACCCCCUCAAUGAAUACAUGGUCAACUUUACAAACAUGUUUGGUCUUGAGAGGAUUGAUGCAUCUGAAGGAAGAAUUGGAUUUUUUGGAUCUGAUGGGAUGAAAGUUGAAACUAGCACAUGGACAGCGGUUACCAUGGCAAAAUUGCUGUGGCGUUACGGCUAUGACAUUGUUAAAAUCCAGAACUGGGUCCAAGACUCCCUGCUCAAAAACUUUACAAGAAUCUACAAGUUGCAGAAUGAGGGGAUAGCAUUUACAACAGUGGAGGACAUGCUGCAGGUGAUGGACCCGGAGUUUGUGCGGUACACUCACACCACCAUCAUGGACGUCAUGAAGGAACAGGGAUUCUCCGAUAUCUUCAUCAAGGAGAUGGUGCACGCCAUCAUGAGAAACAACUACGGACAGAGUGUCGCUAUCCCAGCCUUUGUGGGUGCAGUAUCGAUGGCAGGGGCGCAACCUGGCUUAUGGGCGGUCAAGGGAGGUAAUAAACAAGUUCCUGAAAAGCUGUUGAAGAAAUCCAAAGCAAACUUGAUCAAUGGGAAGGUAACACAGAUCCUGUUGCAAAAGGAUGGCGAAGGUGUUACAUAUGAAGUGUCAUAUAAAAACCCGGACCCAGAAAGCAAGGAUCAGGAGGAAAACGCUCGGGAGUAUGAUAUUGUUGUCAUAGCAACGCCUCUUCCUACAGGACAGACCAACAUUAAGUUUGAAGAUUUUACACAACACUUACCACUUCCAGACUUAAAGUUGCAUGAAACAAUAGCUUUGUUUGUUCAGGGGUACCUUAAUGCUUCAUACUUUGGAUACGAAAACCUAAAAGAUAUGCCCAAUGGAAUUUUCACAGUUGACGAAGAUGUGUUCUUUAACUCUGUAGGAAAGCAAAGGCCAGUUAGUUUUAAGGAGCAUUUAAAAAAGAAAGACGUUGAGGAAGAAGUUUAUAAAGUUUUCUUGAAUCGUGUUCCCACCGAACAAGAGGUGAGAUUAUUAUUCUCUGGUCGAAAAGACUUGAGGCUCAUCAACUGGAAAGCAUAUCCUCAAUACAGCACAAAUAUGGAGUUACCUCCCUUUGUUUUAUAUGACAGGCUGUAUAAUGUGAAUGCUGUAGAGAUUGCUGCGUCUGCUCUAGAAAUGAGUGCAAUUGGAGGUCGUAAUGUGGCACUGCUGGCUUACAAUCAUUGGUACGGUCAUUUGGAUAAGAUUGAUGAGGUGUCCGAAAGUGAUGCGCCUUCUGUCAAGCAAGAACUGUAGGGGGCACUGUAUAGAAGUUGAUUGUUAUGCGACAUUACAUGUCACCAUGGUAACCUUCAUUUCCUGUUUCUUUAAGUUCAUGGGUUGGGUGCAAGAGAUUGCUUGAUUUGUUUUUCAAAUUUGGAUGAUUGAAAUAUUUUUAAUGUUGGUUUUGGGGAGCGCUGCCGCAACACAAGCUGUAUAUAGUGUUGAUGUGCGAUUUCUGCAUGUCAUCCUGUUGUCAUUAUUUUUUAUUCACCACUAUGAGAGAAUGGGCAUUCAAGCCAUUAUGAGCAAUAGGCCUUUAUUUAUACACUUUGUAGCCUUUGAAAUUCACGCUAGUCCACUAAGCCGAGACUACUUAAUUGUCCAGAAAUCCAAAGUAAAAAUCCAAUGAUUGCAGUCCUAAUUGACACAUUUGCUACAUAUUGAAACUGAAAAAAACUAAAAGAAAAUGUAAACAUAGUAAACUUUUUUGUCUCAUUCAAGCAGGACUAGCUACAAACUGAGCACUAGUGAAAUAAGGUUUCAACUAGUCCACAUGACUAGUCUUUAAACACAUGAAGGCUGCUUGUUGUGAGGCAGUAUGUAUCUUGGUGUUAAGAUAUGGAAAGGUUGCAUUAAUAAAUACAUGUCACUUGAUUGAAGGCAAAUGUGUAGAUGUUACUACGUGUACUAUUAGUCUACAUAUCAUGAUACAUGUGAGUGAGUGAGUAUGGUUUAAGCUGCUUUAGCAAUAUGCCAGCUAUAUCACAACUGAAGACAUGAGAACUGGACUUCACACAUUGUACCCAUGUGGGGAAUCGAACCCAGGCCUUCAGUGUGACCAGUGAAUGUUUGGACCUCUAGACUUCCCCAUCUCCCUCAGUAACAGUGCGACUUCAGCCACUAGUCCAAAGCAUGAGCCUAGUAAAGCUUAUAUGUUCUAUUAUGAUCAGCUAAUAAAUGCCAUAUGAUAACACUAAAAUUUAGAAGUUCAGGCUAGUGGACUUAAAGGUCUUGGCGCAGACUGUAGUCACGUGGGUGAUAACAGGCCUGAUGAGAAAUCUUUCCACUGAUUCAUGGUCCUUUGUUGUUGAUUUAAGCAUUGAUCUGUAUAGUUUGAUGCCGUGACACACAGCUGACAGUCAUAACUCACAACUCGGUGAGAUUUUCUAGAUUUCUCAUGUAUACUGGCUUGAUUGGGUGGCCUUGUGGUUAAAGCGUUCGCCCAUCAUACCGAAGAACUGGGUUUGAUUCCCCACAUGGGUACAAUGUGUGAGGCCAAUUUCUGGUGUCCCCCACUGUGAUAUUGUUGAAAUACACACUCAGUUACAAAAGUAUGCUAGAUUUCUCAUGCUGUUUUCACAACCAAUUUCAUGUGGUUAUUUAAAAAUGCCAAAACUGGAGAUGGAAGGGACCAAAACAUAUGGUGUUCAGAAACCCUAGUGCCCCAGGGUGAUCUUAUCAUUGAUGUUAUUAUUCUGUCUACAAUGCUGAGACUAAUUCUCAGAUAUGCCAAUUUGUAUGAUUUUGCAAUGGGAAUUGAAGUUUUGGCAUCCUU